AUGGUAAUGAACCAUAGUUCAGGAAAGUCUUAUACCUUAAACGCCUUACCGCUGAGUUAUUCUCAUCAAAAUAUAACAAUAACAGGAUUUAAUCUCACAGGACUAAAUUAUGAGAGAGAGUGUGGAGAUAUCUUUAAAUACCCCAAAGCCACAGAACGUGAUGUGAUACUAUUUUCUUAUGGACAUACAAGAAAAUGGAAACACAAUAAGAAGGAUAUGAGGUUUGCCUUUUCUUUGGUAAGAAAAGUAUUACCUAAAGUUACGUUAGUAAUGUUAACUAUGGGAGACGUGCCACAAGAUUUUAUACAAUUAAUGACUGAAUUUAAUGUAACUAUGGUUCCAUCUCCAAAACAAUAUUUAAAAGGAUGGAAUUGUGUUAACGCAAGAAUUCCAUUGAGUUUAGAAUAUCUUAAACAACACCAAAGUGAUAUUGACCGAGUUGCAUGGUCAGACACUCGUGACGUUUUUUAUUUUAAUGACAUUUUUGCAACAAUAGGGAUGAAUGAUUUAGUGUGGAUGAGUGAAUGUGUUUCACCUACUGACUGCUUUAGACAUUCAACAACAGGACAAAAGUUACACUUUUAUUGGAUGUGGUGGUUUUACGGAAGAGAUGAAGCAUUCAAACUAACACAGUAUAACACCCCUACUUUAAACGGAGGUUUUGGUAUUGGAGGUGUUUCAAGAAUGAUUCAAUUAUUAACAAAAUUAAAUCAAGAAAUGGAUCCUAAAUUUACUUUUCAAUGGGGGUAUGACCAAACGCUAUUGAAUUAUCUUUAUUAUAAAGGAGAAUUAAUAGACGUUGGUCUAGACGUUGACAGGUGUACACAAAGAAUGUGUUUUGCAAAUAAGUUAAAUAUCGUUGGAAAUGGAAAGAGCACAACAUUUUCUAUGAAAGGGUCUUCUUGCGCACCAGUUUUACUUCACAAGGGAUUACCCUCUCGGUUAAUGGAAAUGACCAUAACAUAUAGGUAA